AUAAGAUGUUAUUAUUACCACGUUUUAUUAUUUUUAUUUAUGUGUCUCUGUGUGUGGGUUUUUAUGAAGGGGCCACAGAGGGUAAAGGUGUCAGAUCCCUAUAACAGGUGACUGUGAGGUGCCUGAUGUGGGUGGGUGCUGGGAUCAAACUCAGCUCCUUGGGAAGAGCAGUAUGUGCACUUAACCAUUGAGCCAUCUCUCUAGCCCUAGCCACUUUUUUUUUUUUUUUUUUUUUGAGGCAGGAUUUUGCUUUGUAGGUUAGACUUGGCACUGAACUUGUGAAACCCUCCUGCCUCAACCUUCAGAAUUUGAGCUUAAAGGCACAAAACAAUUCACCCAGUGCGGGUUUCACAUUUCAAGCAUAUCAUUCAGUAGUAUUAAGGAUACUUACUUGGUAGUGACUACAGACAAUUGUUUCCACCACACAUGUCCAAGAUGUUUCACUGGGCAAAAGUAAAACUUCUGUUCUGUUCUUUAUUUUGAGACAAGGCUUUGGCCUGUUGCCUUAGCUGGCCUGGAAUUUGCUAUAUAGACCAGCUUGGCCUUAAAAAACACAGAAAUUCGCUUGCUUCUGCCUCUGCCCAGCAAACAUACAAGUUUGAAUCCGUUAAGUAAUAACUGGCAAUCACCUGCUCUCUCCAGGCCUUAGCAGUCAUCACUUUCUGACUCUGAGUUGGCUGUCACCUUACAACAGGGAAAUAACAAGCUAUUGUGGUGUGCAAGUCACAUCAGUGGAGUUAUAUGUUAUUGUCUAGUGCCUCUCACAUAAGCUGCAGUCACUUUCUUAUUACAUUAGAUAGCAGGAAUCAUUCACUACUGCUUUGUGCAUCUUAUGUUGCUGAAAACAUACGCUAUUUCCUUUCCACUGGCGAGUCAUUCAUUCCCCAUUGUCUUCAUGUCUUUAUGUCUCAUAGAGGUGGGGUUGUCUGUUAUUUUCUUGUGCAUUCCCUUUUGCUGUAGUCACACACUGUUGCCUUAUGCAGUUCAUGUCCAUAGACUCACUGGCUAUUGCAUUGUGAACCUCAUAUAGGUGGAAUCAUUAAAUAUUUGUGUUUUGUAUUUCGUAUAGGGGGAACAACACUUUCUUAUGUAUCUCAUUUUUCUGGAAUAUACCUUGUUUUGCCCCAGAGGACAUUCCUCUUAAGCUCUGUGUCAUGCCUGAAGUUUUCCUCAGAGUCACGAGAACACAUUUGGGUCAGGGUUUGUGCCCAGAAAAGGAACUGUAGACCUUCUGAACACCCAACAAUUUUCUUAUGCAUAUUAUGUUGGUGGAAUUGUGCCUGAUUGUCUCUUGUAUCUAAUAGAGGUGGAAUAAUUUGCUUAUUGUUGUGUGCAUAUCGUAUUGAUGGAAUUAUAUGCUAUUUUCUUGUGCAUCACGUAUAGAUAGAAUCACUUGAUUUUUUCUUUUUUAAAUCUCAUUGGCACAUUUAUAUGCUGCUGUCCUGUGCAUCUCACAUCUGUGGAAUCAUACUCCAUUAGUCUUACCCAUCCCAUAUAGGCAGACUCAUGUCUACUGUCUUAUAUAUUUCAUAUAGAUGGAGUCAUACAUCUUGGAGUCAUUCAUUUAUUGUCUUGUGCAUCUCAGGUUGGUAAAAUCACAAGCAAUUAUUCCUUAUACCACCAGUGGUGGGAAAUAUGCUAUUAUCUUGUCUAGCUCUUAAAAGUGGAACGUUCAAAAUUGACUUGCGCAUCACAUGUGAGUGUGAUCAUACACUAGUACCUCAUGCACCUGAUAGAGAAGGGAUCCUUUGCCGCUGUCUUCUGCACCUCAUUUGGUGGAAUCAUUGCUACUGCCUUGCUCAUUUCACAAUGCUGGAAUCUUGCAAUAGUAUUUUGUCCAUGUCACGUUGGCAGAAUCAAAUGAUAUUGUCUUAUGCACUUCAAAGAGGUGGAGUGACUAACCACUAUCUUAUGUACCAUACAUAUUUUGAGUCACUUGCUAUCGUGUUGUGCAUGUUGUAUCAUGGAAACAGUAUGCUAUUGUCCUGUGCAUCUCAUGUGGGUCAAAUCAUAUGAUCCUGUCUUAUUCAUCUCCUGAAUCCUUCCUAGCAGUUUUGUGCAAGACAGGUCUAUAGAAUCAAAUGCUACUGUUUUGUUCAUCUCGUAGAGAUGACACAGAGGUAGCAUCAAAUGCUAUUGUCUUGUGGUCUCAUAUAGGGGGAUGUCAUUCAUUAUUGUCCUGUGCAUCUCAUAUAGGUGGAAUAAAUUUCUAUUUAGUCUUCUUCUCAUAUAUGUGAAGUCAUGCACUACGGUCUUGUGCAGAUCAAAUAGUUUGAAUCAUUUGCUACAGUCUUGCGAAUCUCACAUAUUUGAAAGAAGUUGUUAUUGUCUUUUGGCUCUUCUUCCACCCCCACCUCCCGCCCAAGACAGGUUUUCUCUGUAUAGUCCUGGCUGUUCUGGAACUCACUUUGUAGACUAGGCUUGCCUUGUUCUUACAAUGGUGUAAGAUUCCACUGAGAUGCAUGAGACAAUAGCAUCUCUCUUUUUUUUUUUUUUUGGUUCUAUUUUUCGGAGCUGGGGACCGAACCCAGGGCCUUGCGCUUCCUAGGUAAGCGCUCUACCACUGAGCUAAAUCCCCAGCCCCUCUUUUUUUUUUUUUUAAAUGUCUGCUACGGUCCCUUUUUUUUUUUAAUAUUUUACUUAUUUAUUAUAUAUGAGUACACUGUAGCUGUCUUCAGACACACCAGAAGAGGGCAUCAGAUCCCAUUACAGAUGGUUGUGAGCCACCAUGUGGUUGCCGGGAUUUGAACUCAGGACCUCGGGAAGAGCAGUCGGUGCUCUUAACCACUGAGCCAUCUCUGCAGCCUGACAAUAGCAUCUCUUGAACUCAAGAGACCUGCCUGUCUCUGCCUCUCCAGUGCUAGGAUUAGAGGCGUGCAUUAUCACCAUCACCAGGAUUGAUUUUGGAGUCAUAUAGAGUUGGCAUCUAAUGCUCUUGUCUUGGUGCAGCUCAAAAAGUAGAAUCGUUCACUAUAGAACUUGUCAUCUCACAGAGGUGGAACCAAUCGAACAUUGUUAUCUUGCGCAUCUCCUGUCAGUGGAAUCAUACACUAUUUUCUUGUGCAUCUCAUAGAGUGGAAUCAUUCAGGUCUUAAAUAUCUCAUAUACAUGCUUUUGUAUCUCAUACAGAAUGAAUCAUUCAUUUCUUAUUGUCUUAAUCAUAUACUCUCCCUUUUCUCCAUUCGUGGUGGAAUGCAAUCAUCUUGUGCAGUUCACAUAGGCAGAAUCACUAACUAUUUCCUUGCGCAUAUCAUCUAGUGGGAUCCUGUUGUCUUGUACAUCUUGUAUAGGUGGAACCAUUCACUUACUAUCUUGUGCCUCACGUGUUGGAAGAACCACACACUAUUGUCUUGUGCAUCUCAGAGGUGAAAUCAUCUGCUCUGUUUCUGUUCAUCUAGAGGGACCCAUAAGCUAUUGUUGUAUGAUCACAUGAGCGGGAUCAUUCACUGUUGUCUUGUGCACCUCAUGUAGGUGAUAUCGCUUACAUUUGUCUUUUGUGUCAUGCAUACACUGUUGGGAUCAUUUGUUACGAUCUUGCUUUUCUCGUACAGGUGCACUCGUAUGCUAUCGUCUCAUGCAUCUCAUAGGACAUGCACGUCACGUGCACCUCAGUGGACUCUUACACCAUUGUCUUAUACAUCCCACAAAGUUUGAAGCAUAUGCUAUUGUUUUAUGCACAUUAUAUAUGUGUAAUCAUUUGCUUAUUGUCUUGUGCAUCUCAGGUUGGUGUCUUCAUAAGCAAUUGUCCUUCAUAUCACGCAUUAGUGGAAUCACAUGCUGUUAUCUUGUCUAGCUUACAUAGGGAUCCUUCACUAUCAUGCGAUUUAUCAUGUACAGGUGGAACCACAUGCUAUUUUCUUGUGAAAUUGUGAUGAUGGAACUAUAUGCUAUUGUCUCAAGGGUCUCAAGAAGGUGGAGUCAUCUUGUAUAGAUGUUUGCCAUUGUCUUGUACAUAUCACACUGUUAGAAUAACAUGCUAUUGUCUCGAGGGCCUCAUGUAAGUGGACUCACAUGCCACUGUCUUCGGCAUCUCGCACUGUUGGCGUUGUACUUUCACACUGUGCAUUCCAUGUAGGUGGAAUCAUAAACUGCUGUCCUGUGUAUCUCAGGGUUAGAGUCAUUCUCGUGUUUACUCUAUGCAUCUCACGCAGAGAAUCAUUUGCUAUUCUCCUGUACAUAUCAUGUUGGUGGAAUCAUAUGCUUUUUACCUCAUGCAUCUCCUAUAUGAGGGAUCAUAUGCUAUUGUCAUAUCUGUUUCAUAUACUUGGAACCAUUUGCUGUUGUCUUUUGGUGACAUGCAUUUUAUAUUUCACUCAGCAUAAAAUGCCUUAAUAUGUAACCAAAGUUGAUGUCCUUUAAAUUCCUUGUCCUGCUGCCUCUACUUCACGGAUGCUAGGAUCACAGGCAUGCAACAUUGUACGUGGCUCCCCUUCCUCUUCAAAGUUGAAUAAUAUUCCCUCAUCUGUGGAGUGGACCACAUUUGGAUUAGCCAUUCUAGGGAUGUUGCCACUUUUGGCUCUUAUGAAUAAUUUUGCUAGGAAUAUGGGUAUACAAAUGUCUCACGAAGACAUUGUUUCAAAUUUGGGGAAUAAUUUUAUAUCCAGAAGUGGAAUUAUAACCACAUCAUAAUGCUAUUUUUGUUGUUUUUCCUUUUUAGGAAAAGCCAGAUUUUUUUCCUAUAAGUUAUACCAUUUUAUCUUCCUACCAACAAUGUUCAACUGAAAUUCCAAUUUGUCCACGUAUUUACCAACACUUGCUAUUUUCUGAUUUCUCCUUGGUAGCUGUAGUAAUGGAUACGAAUGAUACCUACCUCGUUUUUCUUUUUUUCUUUUUUACAUCUUUUGAGAACUGUUCUGAACUAAGAGCAGUGGUACAAAUGUUCUUUAGAGAACCAUGUUUUACAUAUUUAAUCCCAGCACACAGGAGACAGAGGAUGGUGAAUCUCUGUGUUCAAAGACACUUUCUGAGUACAUAAGUGAGUUCCAGUCAUCUGCACAGUGAGACCCUGCCCUCUCCCAAACCAAAACAAAUGUUCUCCUUUAAAGGGAACAAUCUUAUCCCCAGGUCAACAUGGUUAUUAUGGCUUAUGCAGAAUUAGAUUUAUUCAUUUUGUUGUUGCUUGGUUUUGGAGGGCUCCCAGGCUGGCUUCGAACUCCUGAUGCUCAGGCCUCCAUCUCUUGAGUGCUGGGGUUACCGGACAGCACCGCCAGAUUGAGGAUGCGCCUGAGUUCCUGGCUCCGUGUCUUAUGCUGUUUCAGGGUGAAUUCUUUUUUUGGUUCGGCCUGACUCAGGCCGGGGAGUAGCCAGCAAGUCUCUCCACUCCCAUGUUCACCCCGCAUGCGCGUCUGGACGGACUGGGGCGGGGCCGUAGCGGGCGCGCGCGCGCGCGCGGGUCCCGCCCCUCGCCGCGCCGCCCAUGACGUCACGGGGCGCCGGUCUCCGCCCGGCUGCAAGCGCAGGCACUCCACAGAGGCCCAGACCCCUCUGCUCCCCAUGGGCAGCUGCCAGGCAGGGCACAACUUGCAUCUCUGUCUGGCUCAUCACCCACCUUUGGUCUGUGCCACUUUGAUCCUGCUGCUCCUUGGCCUCUCAGGUCUGGGCCUUGGUGGCUUCCUCCUCACCCACACAACUGGCCUUCGUAGCCCUGACAUUCCCCAGGAUUGGGUUACCUUCUUGAGAUCUUUUGGCCAGCUAAGUCUGUGCCCCAUGAAUGAGACAGUCACAGGGAAGUGGCAAGGGCCUCACGUCGUCGGCUUACUGACCACUUUGAACUUCGGAGGUGAUCCAGACAGAAACAAAACCCAAACAUUCCAAGCCAUGAUCCCUGGUAGUCAGAUAGGAUUUAAAGACAUACCAGAAGAGGACAUUGGAUCCCAUUACAGAUGGUUGUGAGCCACCAUUGAACUUAGGACCUCUGGAAGAAUAGUCAGUGCUCUUAACUGCCAAGCCAUUCCAGCCCACUUCAACACUUUGACAUUGGAAUAUAACCUGUAUUUUCUUUAAUCCUUUCUGAAAGCUCUUCCUGGUUUGUAUGUUCUUUAGUAUAUCUGAGUUACUGACAGUGACAUGACAGGCUAGCUUUGUGGUUUUUGCACGGAGAAUCACCCCAAAGGUACUUACCAAGCAAGCCAUCCAUUGUCUGUUAAUUAAUUAAUUUAUUUAUUUUGUUUUCAAUGUUAUUUUUAUAUGUAUUGGUAUUAUGCCUGCAGAUCUGGGUGAGAUUAUCAGAUCUUGGAGUUACAGACAGUUGUUAGCUGUCAUUGUGGGUGCUGGGAAUUGAACCUGGGUCCUCUGGAAGAGCAAUCAGUGGUCUUAACCCACUGAGCCAUAUCUCUAGCCCCUUCUCCAGCAAUUCGAAACAGACUAUGAACUUUUAAUGACUUUUGGUGUCCAAUGAAUAACUGAUUUCUUUGGACAAGUUAAUUUCUUUCUUUUUUUACUUUUCUUUCUUUUCUUUCUUUUUUCCCUCUG